AUGGCUUCAAGCAUUGGGUCUCUGUUGUUCGUCAUAUGGGGAACUCUUCUCCUUUCACGUUCUAUGAGAGCAAAGGACAAUCAACAUGCAACACAGCUACUGUACAUGUACAACAUAUUUACGGAUAACGUCGCCAUAUUAGGGCACACUAUUCGUUCUAUGAAUGUAUCAAGUCAAGUUGACUGCUUCCGCCAUUGCGCAAAGGUUUGUGGUUGCGUUGCAUUUCAGUUGACUGGGUGGAAAUGUGAAUUAUUGGAUGCAGAUAAAGAUGUCGUGAUUGGGGAGCUGGUAACUAGACCAGGCACUGCUUUAUACACUAUGAAUCAGGAAAGUACACAGGUAAGAUUGUGUCAUUGAUUGAAAAACAAGUAGACUUAGCAGAUAACGCGCAACCAUCAGUUAGGGUCUUUGCGGACGAUGCUUUACUUUACGGCAUUGUCGCUCGCGAUGUGGACUGUGACCUUCUUCAAUCUGACCUACGCAGGCUUGAAUCCUGGCAGUAUCAUUGGCAAAUGGAGUUUAAUCCUUCCAAAUGCAAAAUUGUUACCAUCUCACAUAAGAACAAUCCACCCCAGAGAAAAUAUGUCUUCUGUGGUGGAGAGUUGGAACAGGUUGAUAGCUUCCCAUACCUUGGGGUUACCAUCAGUAACAAGCUCAAGUGGUCAGCCCAUGUUUCCUUGACAGCAGCUAAAGCAAACAAGUCGCUGGGUACAAUACAACGCAACCUUUGGAAUUGUCCAAAGAACGUAAAAGAAAUUGCAUAUACAUCCCUAGUACGACUGAAGCUGGGAUACGCAAGUGCGGCUUGGGACCCGUUUUUAAAGAAAGAUAUCAGUGCUCUGGAAAGGGUUCAACGUAAAGCAGCACUGUUCUGCUCACAGAAUUAUGAUAGAUAUGCCAGUGUCACGGACAUGAUUAAAGACUUAGGGUGGGCCACGUUGGAAACGAGAAGAAGGCAGUCUAGAUUAACACUUAUGUAUAAACUAACUCAUGGUCUUAUUGAUAUAGAUACCCGAAAAUAUUUAAUUCAUCACUCCGAGGGUCGCACGAGGGGAAGAUAUCAAUUUAAAUUUCGCGUGCCAUAUACAAAUACAGCGCUUGGAACAGCGAUGUAUAAGCGCUAUAUAAAUUCCAUUAUUAUUAUUAAAUGAAGACGUUUUUAAAUUUUCGUUUUUUCCAAAAACUAUAGCGGACUGGAACUGCCUCCCUGAGGCCAUUGUUUCAUCAUCCUCCUUAGAAACUUAAAUAUAGGUUAACAGCUUUUCUUAAAUAAUAGUUAUAUAUAGUUUAUAUAGAUUUCUUCAUUUAAAUUUCAUAUCAUUAUUUUAUAUAUUGAUAUAUCUGUAUUUUAUUCAUUUACUUAUUUUUAUUCAUUUAUUUAUUUGUUUGUUUUAAUUUUUACGGUUGGUGUGACAACCUAAUGGUUUUUACUGCCCCGAGCCCAUCGCCAGACUUAAGAUUUGUAGCCUGCGUAGCUGGCGGUAUUGUGUACUAGUUAAGUGAGAUUUGGCGGCGGAGCCUCCACAAGCGACGAAGCCGCGAGAAACGCCUCGUCCCCACUCCUUUUUCUGGAUCGCGGCUCCGCCGCCAAAACUUUAAUCACACAAUACCGCCAGCUGCGCAGGCUAAAGAAUUGUAGCUUUCAGUUUGGUGACAUGCAAAGGUAUUCUGUGUUUUGUGAUUAUAAAUUAAAUUCCAUUUUAUGACAACAGCAUGGCUUUAUUGCGCUCCGUCGCUAAAGGAAGCAAAAUUUGAUGUAACAGACGCUGAUUAAAAGAGGAAUUCUCACUAAAUUCUUCCUGCUGCAAACGCAAUAUUGUUAGCAAAAUCAGUCAUUGUUUUGUGGAAUUUAGAUACUCACAACGAAUCAGCCACGUUAUGUUUCUGGAUGACUUUAUCCGAGGAAUGAUCGGGAGAUCGGUUGAUUAAAGGAAUCGCUCGCUAAAUUUGAGUGCAAAAAGUUAGGUGUAAGAAGACAAAUUUGCGUUUACAACUAAAACUUAAUUCGUACAUGCGAAAAGGUAUCCUGUAUGACAACACUUUAAUUAUUAUUAUCUUAAUUAUAUUGCUAGGUGAACCAAAGCUGUGUUAACGGAUGCUGCAGAUCAAAGCCCUGUCUUAACGGCGGAACCUGUGAGGAAAAAUGCAGUGACGUCAGAGAACCUUAUACUUGUACAUGCUCAAAAUAUUACAAGGGAAAACGAUGUGAGCAGUUUUAUCCACAAGUCAAGUCGUGCCUAGGUGUCAAGAUAUUUAGGCCGGGAUCGCGUUCCGGUGUUUACGAACUUGUUAUAAGUGAUAAUAAAACUGUGCAGAGUUAUUGUGACUUUACCUCCGAGGCUGGUAAAGCUUGGACGCUCAUAGAAUCGUUUUCGCUUUCAAACAAAGACAUAUAUAAGAACAAACCAUUUUAUCACGACUUUCCUCGAAACGAGAACAACUUCACAUGGGACGACUUUAGGGUUUCAUACCAAGCCUUGGUUAACAUCCGGGAUAUCUCAACGCACUGGCGCGUGACAUGUACCUUCCCAUCAGGCCUCAGUUAUGCCGACUACGCACGCUCUUCGCUGAAUGAAACAGAUCUCCUAACGUUUGUCAAUCAGGACAAAUGCCAGAGGUAUGAAUAUGUUUCAGUGCGAGGAAUAAACUGUACGGAUUGUAAAGGAAUGUUGGUUCAAAGAGACAGUCAACACAUGCAUACAGAUUCCUCCUGGAGCGGAAGAAAUGGCUGUCAGUGGAAUCCCGGGGCGGGAGCAAUAUCAGGAGAAGAUAAUUUCGGUUUUUAUGCUGUUACGAAUCCAAAACAUAGGUGCACGGUAAACUCAUCGUCUACUACACAGUGGUGGCUUGGGUCACAAUUAUAA